AUGGCCGCACCACAAGGGGGUUACCCUCCCCAGGAAGGGUAUGGUCAACCUGCCGGAUAUGAGUCUCCUUCACAGCAAGCUGCGGGGCUAGCCCCUACUCCGGCUCAACAUGGAGGUAAAAAGAAACGAGCAUAUGCCGGGGAAGCCUUCGAGUUUGGGUCCGGUGCCAAUGCUGGCCUAGGAGGUCAACUGCCGGCUGGUGGUACCUACGGAGGAUACCCAGCUCAGCCACAAGCCGCGGGAUAUCAGCAACCCGUGUACGGGGCGGAUCCUACUCAGAUGCAAGCAGCUGCUCAAGGAUAUGCUGCCCCUGCAGCGCCCGCAGUCGCUCAGAUGACCCAACAAUUUGGUGCGAUGGGGGUAACCGAUCCGCAUCUGAUGCCGCCGCAGCCCGUUCCCCAGGCCGCCCAGGCCCCGCGACCUGUUCUUAACCAUCUUUACCCAACAGACCUCCUCACACAACCAUUCAAUGUCGCGGAACUUGACUAUCCUCCACCUCCGAUUGUUUUACCCCAAGGAACUAGCGUUUAUCCCUCCCCUACUGCAAACUGCCCCCCUAAAUAUGUCCGGUCAACACUCAACGCUGUUCCCACCACUCACUCUCUCCUGAAGAAGUCCAAGCUGCCUUUCGCUCUUGUCAUCCAGCCAUACGGAGCGCUCCAUGAUGCAGAAGACCCAGUCCCAGUGAUCCCAGACCAAGUCAUCUCUCGUUGUCGCCGUUGCCGAUCCUACAUUAAUCCCUUCGUGACAUUCCUUGAUCAUGGGCAUCGCUGGCGUUGCAACAUGUGCAAUCUGACAAACGACGUACCCCAGGCCUUUGAUUGGGACACAACGCUGCAACGACCGGCGGAUAGGGCAUUGCGACCUGACCUCAACCAUGCGGUUGUUGAGUUCGUUGCGCCGCAGGAGUACAUGGUGCGCCCCCCGCAGCCACUCGUCUACCUUUUCUUGAUCGACGUUAGUUAUGCGUCUGUCACCAACGGUCUCUUGGCUACCAGUGCUCGGUGCAUCAAGGAAACUCUCGAACGCAUUCCUAAUGCAGACCGUCGGACGCGACUUGGUUUCAUAGCGGUCGACUCCAGUCUCCACUAUUUCAGUAUCCCGCGCGAUGGCUCAGAGAGCUCGGACCCAAGGAUGCUUGUUGUCAGUGAUUUGGACGAGCCGUUCCUCCCUAUCCCUGGUGACUUACUAGUAACUCUAAGUGAAUGCCGUGAAAACAUUGAAACGUUCCUGGAUAAACUGCAGGAGAUGUUCCAGAACACACAGAACAAUGGUUGUGCAAUGGGAUCGGCACUGCGUGCUGGUUACAAGUUGAUCGCCCCUGUUGGAGGCAAGAUGACCGUUCUUAGCUCCUCUCUUCCUAACAUUGGACAUGGCGCCUUGACCAUGAGAGAGGACAAGAAGGUUUUAGGCACCAGCAAGGAGAGCGGUCUUUUGCAGACCGCAAACAGCUUCUACAAGAGCUUUGCUGUGGAGUGUUCGAAGGCCCAGGUCUCUGUAGAUAUGUUCCUCUUCUCUUCUCAGUACCAGGACGUGGCGUCUCUUAGCAACCUGCCAAGAUAUACUGGCGGUCAGACGUACUUCUACCCUGGGUGGAACGCUGCACGGGGAGAGGAUGCGAUCAAGUUCGCACGGGAGUUCUCUGAAUACCUCUCGUCGGAGAUCGGCCUGGAGGCUGUCCUCCGUGUCCGUGCUACGACCGGUUUGCGCAUGAGCACUUUUUACGGUAACUUUUUCAAUCGCAGUUCCGACCUCUGCGCUUUCCCUGCUUUCCCCCGCGACCAGGCCUAUGUUGUUGAAGUUGCCAUUGAUGAGACUGUUACAAAACCUGUUGUUUGCAUGCAGACCGCUGUACUUCAUACUACAUGCAAUGGCGAGAGGAGAAUUCGGGUCUUGACUCUGGCGCUUCCCACUACUCAGAGCCUUGCAGAUGUCUAUGCAUCGGCAGACCAGCAGGCAAUCACUACUUACUUUAGCCAUAAGGCUGUCGAACGGGCUCUCGGAAGCGGCUUGGAGCCUGCCCGAGAAGCCCUGCAGGCCAAGGCCGUGGAGCUUCUGGCAACCUACCGAAAGGAGCUUGCUGGUGGAAGUGUGAGCGGCGGCGGCCUACAGUUCCCUGCUAACCUGAGAGGACUCCCUGUUCUUUUCCUCGCACUGAUCAAGAAUCUUGGCCUUCGGAAAUCUGCACAAAUUCCGACUGAUAUGCGCUCCGCGGCGCUCUGCUUGCUCUCGACGCUUCCCCUCCCCCUUCUCAUCCAAUAUAUCUACCCGAAGAUGUACUCUCUGCACGACAUGCCGGAUAAUGCUGGCCUGCCAGAUGAGCAGACGGGCGAGAUUGUUCUUCCCCCACCAGUGAACCUGUCUUCUGAGCGGGUCGUCCCAUACGGUCUCUACCUUAUUGACGAUGGUCAGACACAGUUCCUCUGGGUGGGCCGUGAUGCUGUGCCACAGCUCAUUGUUGAUGUCUUUGGCCUGCCAGACAAGUCGCAACUUCGUGUGGGCAAGCAGAACCUUCCUGACCUGGAUAAUGACAUGAACCAGCGCGUGCGGGCGGUCAUUGAGAAGAGCCGGGAUCACCGGUCAAAGGGCUGCGGCAGUAUUGUGGUGCCACAUCUGUACGUGGUCAAGGAGGAUGGAGAGCCCGGUCUCCGACUGUGGGCACAGACGAUGCUCGUGGAGGACCGAGCCGACCAGGGCGUCAGUCUUGUGCAAUGGAUGGGCAACUUACAGGAAAAGUUCGGACAGUCCACGAAUAUGGUGCAGCAACUUCCUCCCCAGGGAGGUUCACGAAAGAUCUCCUUCAACGUUUCCGAUCAAUAUGAAAUUCAAGAUGUCAUUGGUGAAGGUGCCUACGGUGUGGUUUGCUCUGCCAUCCAUAAACCAUCUGGUCAAAAAGUCGCCAUCAAGAAGAUCACUCCUUUCGACCACUCGAUGUUCUGCUUGCGAACUUUGCGUGAGAUGAAGCUACUUCGCUACUUCAACCAUGAAAACAUCAUUUCUAUCUUGGAUAUCCAAAGACCACGCAACUAUGAGAGCUUCAACGAAGAGCUGAUGGAGACUGACAUGCACCGGGUCAUUCGUACUCAAGAUCUUUCGGAUGAUCACUGCCAAUAUUUCAUUUACCAGACUCUACGUGCUCUGAAAGCUAUGCACUCAGCAAACGUUCUUCAUCGUGAUCUGAAGCCUUCGAACCUGCUCCUCAACGCAAAUUGCGAUUUGAAAGUGUGCGAUUUCGGCUUGGCCCGUUCGGCUGCCUCCACAGAUGAUAAUUCAGGGUUCAUGACAGAAUAUGUCGCGACCAGAUGGUACCGUGCACCGGAAAUCAUGUUGACAUUCAAGGAGUACACCAAAGCCAUUGAUGUCUGGAGUGUCGGUUGUAUCCUCGCUGAGAUGCUGAGCGGAAAACCCCUAUUCCCUGGAAAGGAUUAUCAUCACCAACUGACUCUUAUUUUGGACGUUCUCGGUACACCGACAAUGGAGGACUACUAUGGAAUCAAAUCCCGACGGGCUCGGGAAUACAUCCGGUCUCUUCCUUUCAAAAAGAAGAUCCCCUUUAAGGCGCUAUUCCCGAAGGCCAACGAUUUGGCCCUGGACCUCCUGGAGAGGCUCCUGGCAUUCAACCCCGCCAAGCGUAUUACCGUGGAGGAAGCUUUGCGCCAUCCAUACUUGGAGCCGUAUCAUGACCCCGAAGAUGAGCCCACGGCACCUCCUAUUCCGGAAGGGUUCUUUGACUUCGACAAGAAUAAGGACGCCCUCAGCAAGGAGCAAUUGAAGAAUCUAAUCUAUGAGGAGAUCAUGCGGUGA